AUGAAGUUAUUUACUAUUACAGCUUCACUUGUUUUAAUAUCAUCAAUUAAUGCAAUUCCAACUUUUAAUUUUUUAAAUAAAUUAUUACCAUAUAAUAAUGAUGAUGAUGUAACAAUUUUAAAUUUCGAUAAAGAAAUCGAAAUUGUUAAUGAAAAUGAUUUAAAUAUUUUACCACCUAAAGAUCUAUUUAAAAAUAUAAUUGAUGAAACAGAAUAUAAAAAAUUACCUGAAAUUGAAACUGAAAAAUUACAAGAAUUGGUCAAUGAAAAAGGUUUACGUUCAAGAGCAGAAGAUUUAUUUCAAAUAGCUCAAAGAUCAAUUAAAGAAUAUGAUCAUCCAACUAGAGUUAUUGGAUCUCCAGGUCAUUGGGGCACAAUUGAUUAUAUUUUAUCUGAAUUAAGAAAAUUAGGUGGUUAUUACAAUAUUCAAACUCAAAGUUUUGAUGCAAUUGAUGGUAAGGUUAAAUCAUUUAGUUUAUUAAUUGAUGGAGUACAACCAAAAUCAUUAAAACCUUUAGCUUUAACUCCACCUACUUCGAAUAAUAGUUUAGUUCAUGGAAAUUUAGUUUUGGUUGAUAAUUUUGGAUGUAAAUCAUCAGAUUUUCCGGAAUUUGCAAAAAAUAAUAUAGUUUUAAUUAAACGUGGUGAAUGUGCAUUUGGUGAUAAAUCAAGAAAUGCAGGUAUAGCUGGUGCCUUGGGAGCUGUAGUUUAUGAUAGAGAAGAAAUUCAAGCAACAUUAGGAGAACCAAAAGGUAAAGAAGUUGCUACUGUUUCAGUUGCCGAAAAAGAUGUUAAAGAAUAUAUUGAAAAACUUACAAAAGAUCCAAAAACUCAAAUUGAAACAACUUUAUAUGUUGAUGCAUAUAUUAAAAGAAUCAAAACAUUGAAUGUUGUAGCUGAUACAGUUUACGGUGAUCAUGAUAAUGUCAUUGCUUUAGGUGCUCAUUCAGAUUCAGUUAAUGCUGGUCCAGGUAUCAAUGAUGAUGGUUCAGGUACAAUUUCAUUACUUGAAGUUGCAAAAUAUUUGACUAAAUUCAAAAUCAAUAAUGCCGUUAGAUUUGCAUGGUGGGCAGCUGAAGAAGAAGGUUUAUUGGGUUCCACAUAUUAUGCAAAUAAUUUAUCACAAUCAGAAAAUAGUAAAAUUAGAUUAUUUAUGGAUUAUGAUAUGAUGGCUUCACCCAAUUAUGAAUAUGAAAUCUAUAACGCUAAUAAUGUUGAUCAUCCAAAUGGUUCAGGUACUUUGAAAGAUUUAUAUGUUGACUGGUAUGAAUCACAUGGUUUAAAUUAUACUUUUGUCCCAUUUGAUGGUAGAUCUGAUUAUGUUGGAUUCAUUGAUAAUCAAAUUCCUGCUGGAGGAAUUGCAACAGGUGCUGAAGGUAUAAAAAAUGAAACUUCAAAGGAAAAAUUUGGUGGUAAAGUUGGUACUUGGUUUGAUCCAUGUUAUCAUCAAUUAUGUGAUAAUUUAGAUAAUCCAAGUUAUGAAGCAUGGGUUAUAAAUACAAAAUUAAUUGCUCAUUCUGUAGCAGUUUAUGCUAAAUCAUUAGAAACAUUUCCAAAAAGAGAAUUGAAUCAAAUUAAAGCCGAAUCAUACGAUAAUAAAUUUAUUUAUCGUGGUUCAAAUUUAAUAAUUUAG